UCAUCUCAUCGGUGAAAAUUUGCCAGCCACAGUUCUUCAAGUCGUUCGGUCCGCUCCGGUUCUAGUUUUUCGCCGUAAAAAUCCGCAGAUCGUCGGGUGAGGAACACACACACACACACACACAGGCACGCACGCACUAAAUCUUGCUUGCUGCUGCUCCAUCUUUUGGCCAUCGUCGUGAAGGAGGUGCCCCCGCGGGAACGAGUGCUUUUUAGUGCGAGAAAACCGGAAAUCGAAGAUUCGGCAAAAUUUUUCCAGCGCCUGCUUCGCCCCAUCAUCUCCCAUCACGGUCCCUGUGACGCCCAUGUGCACCACAUCCUAGUAGGUUCGCUGCUCAGCUGCACUUCCGUCUCGAUCCUUGGCGAGAGGAUCGUGUGACCAAAUCGUUCCGGCGUUCGUGGUGCACUUUUCCGGUUUUGUUCCGGGGUGACCAAGUGUGUACAGAGUGUCAUUGGUGUUAAUCUAAUAAUUGGCAAUUAUCGAGGUCAAUCACGGCCGCGAAGAAGAAGAAAAGCUCGUCGGUGUGAUUUCGGUGUUGUUCCGGGUAAAUUGCCUGUGACGAAUUUUUGAGGGGCCACUUUGUGGUGUGACUCAUUUCGUGGAAGUACUGCUGCCGUUUCAGAUCCGGCUUUAGAGAAAGGAAGGUCAUCUCCACAGACGACGAAAAGAUGCUGAUCAAAGAGUUUCGGGUGACGUUGCCGCUGACGGUCGAGGAGUAUCAAGUUGGCCAGCUCUACUCGGUGGCGGAGGUGUCGAAAAACGAAACCGGCGGCGGCGAGGGGAUAGAGGUGUUAAAAAAUGAACCCUUCACCAACUACCCACUUUUGGGAGGCAAAUACUCAUCCGGUCAGUACACCUACAAAAUCUACCACCUGGCGUCAAAGGUACCGGCGUUCAUCCGACUGCUCGCACCGAAGGGCUCGCUCGAAGUGCACGAAGAGGCCUGGAACGCGUACCCCUACUGCCGGACAGUCAUAACCAACCCCAAAUGGAUGAAGGAGAAGUUUAUCGUGAUGGUGGAGACGCUGCACGUGGACGUGGGGGAGGACGACCUUGAAAAUGCCCACGAGCUGCCCGCGGAAAAGCUGAAGCAGCGUGAGGUCGUGUACAUUGACAUUGCCAACGAUCCGGUGACCGCCGCAGACUACAAGGAGUCCGAGGAUCCUACCAAAUUCAAAUCGACGAAAACCGGCCGAGGACCGCUGGUCGGUCCGGACUGGAAGAAGAAGGUCCAGCCGGUGAUGACCUGCUACAAGCUGGUCACCUGCGAGUUCAAGUGGUUCGGGCUGCAGUCGAGAAUAGAGAGCUUCAUCCAGAAGUCGGAGCGAAGGCUGUUCACCAUUUUCCACCGACAAGUAUUCUGCUGGCUGGACAGUUGGCACGGCCUCACCAUGCAGGACAUCCGCGAGCUGGAGGACAAAACCAAAGAGGAGCUGGACAAGCAGCGCCACGUUGGCGAGGUGCGCGGAAUGCGCGCCGAGACGGACUAAAUCCCACAGACACACACACACACACAGUCCAGGUUAAGAGCGGAGGGGACAAUUACGACGACGACUAGGACGACGAAGGGCAGCGGUAUCGACGGAGGAGGAGGAAGGAAGCGUGUUUCGGAUUUCCGGAAUCGUUCUUUUGUUUCUCCCUCUCUCGCGGUAUCGGCACUAAAAUGGCAUGGGUUUUGGGGAUGAAACGAGGAGAAGCAUUACAGUUAUUAAAUAAAGAAAAAAAAAAUGGGAGAAACAAACUAAAAGCUACAAUAUACAUAGAAAUAGACACACAACCACAAACACACCUAAAUAGACACGGACAGAUACACACACACAAUUACACGAAAUUGCAACUAAGCUAGAUGGCAUCGUUUACAUAGUAGAGCAAGGUUUGAGGUGAACAAGAUGCAGAGGCAAUGAGGUUAUAUUUAAGACAAAAACUGCACGUAGAAUGUAGCGGAGAUGGAUGCAAAAAAACAACAAGAAAGGAAACCUUUAAACGUUAAACAAUCUGCUGAGUGAAGCAAAGCCACACAGACACACAAACACACACAGCGAAUCGACUAAAAUAGGGUAUAACAAUCUAUGCAGAACAAUGGGGGAAAUGUCCAGUUUUAUUUCUUAUUUAUGGAGAAGAGAGACACACUAUUUUAAGUUGAAGCAAAAGUAUGAACACACACACAUCCAUAAACAUUGUAGUCCGAGCGCGAGAAAGUAGUCAAAUUCGUUUUAAACAAUAUGAUGCUAAUAUAAAUUGUCUGCGCGGGUGCGCGAGAAACCGCGACACAGCUAAAAGUCAUGAUUUUAGAAAGCUUCAAUAUUCCGUUUAGAGAAGAAAAACAAACCAGAAGCAGCAGCCAUCCUACCUAUGUUACGAGACGCCGUUUUUCUAGAUUGUUUUUGUUUGUUUUGACCGAAACACUUGAAAUAUUUAAAAACAAAGUGCGCGUGAUGAUUAAACUACUAAACUAGAAUGAGAAUGCGAUCGCGAACCGUAGUGGCGACGAGUAUAUCUUUAGCGAGAAAGUAGGUGGGUGGAGGUCGUGAUGAGGCAAACAAUUCUUUCCAUUACACACAAAAUACAAACAAACACAAAAAUACACACACACACAUUUGUCCCGGUAAGCCGACAGCAACAACAAAACAAAACAGCAACAGAAGAAAACAAACAACAAAUAUUAUGCAUUAGGUUCUGUUCCAAUGUCCUUGGUAAAUGUUAUGAAAUUAAAAUUUGGAAAUCAAGGAAAAAAUA